CCCUUUUCCCUCCCCGCCUCCUCUCCCCCUGUGCCGCGGGACCCCCUGGGGACGGCAGCCCCGCGGAGUCCGGCCCUUCCCUCGGGGAGGCCUUUCCGGGCAUCUGGAGCGCCCGGCGAUGGAGCCGAGGGAUUGUCCCACGGCCGCCGUGUGCCAGGGAGGAGGCGCCUGCCGCCCUUCCCCUUUCUGCUGCCUGUGAGCAGGGCCCGCGGCGAGACGGGCGAGGAGCUUCCUCGGAGGCGGGGGCAGCGCGUUACGGCCUGGCAUCGCUGUGUCCGGGUGACUGGGAGCUCCCGGGCGGUAAAUCAUCGGUGGGCAGGGCAGGAAUUGGUUUUAGGAGCGUUGUUUUGAAGAAUGUCUGGAAGUUUCUACUUCGUGAUAGUUGGUCAUCAUGAUAAUCCCAUAUUUGAAAUGGAAUUUCUGCCUCCUGGAAAAGUAGAGUCGAAGGAUGAUCAUCGCCAUCUCAACCAGUUCAUUGCCCAUGCUGCUCUUGACCUCGUAGAUGAGAACAUGUGGCUUUCUAACAACAUGUAUUUGAAGACUGUGGACAAGUUUAAUGAAUGGUUUGUUUCUGCUUUUGUCACAGCUGGACAUAUGAGAUUUAUAAUGCUUCAUGAUGUAAGGCAAGAAGAUGGCAUUAAGAACUUCUUUACUGAUGUAUAUGAGCUGUAUAUAAAGUUUGCAAUGAAUCCAUUUUAUGAACUCAAUACUCCUAUUCGAUCCACUGCCUUUGAAAGGAAAGUCCAGUUCCUUGGGAAGAAACACCUUUUAAGCUGAAUAAAUAAGUUUUCUGAGUGAGUGCUUUUUCCCUGCUUUCCUGAUUGAACUGUCGCCUGUAUGUUUUAUAUUCAUCUUCUGAAGACUAACUGGAUGCUGAAGUAGCUUUCUCUUUUGCCAAUAUAGAUAAGGACACCCAAGCUUCUCUGGUUAAGAAUGUGUAUCUCAAGAAGUUUUCUUUUAUGUGGUAUGAAAACCAAGUUUUAAACUGUCAGAGGCUACAGAGGUACAAAAGAAGAAACUGAGACAUUAUGUGUUGAUGCAUAUGCAAAGUGUAAGCCUCUGACAGAGGGUGGGAGGAAAUCAGACCUAAAUGCAAAAGAUGUCGCCAGUCAUCUGGUUUAAUAUGAGCAAAAGGGAAUUCUUGACUGUUUGGCCUAAGUGCUUAAUCUUAUAAACUUUCCUACUUGUAUUCCUUCAAUAGAGAACUCACUCUGCAGACCAACCAGAUUAACAUUAUACUUUGUAGUAGUAAAUCAAGCUUCUAUUUAUUUAUAUGUAAUUGUAUGUAUACGAAGUGCUCAAUAAAAAUUGGAUAGAUUAGAAAAGCUGUCUCCAGUACUUCCAAGAAAUUUUGAGGAAAACCCCUAAAGUUUAAAAGUGUAUAUUUUCAAAUUUUUGAUAUAUUUAGUGCAAUACACGUUUAGCUGCAGUGUUGCACCAAUGAAUGAAGCAGACCAGAGCAUCCAGAUCUGCCCUGACAUUAAUUCUAAUUCACACAUGAAAAAACCCAAACUAAAUUUACGUGUUUAAAUCCACGGGUUUUUCCCAUUAUUUCUGCAACUGCUGAAACUUUAAUUUUGUAACUAAAUUUAGAGGAGGAUUUUUGAAUUAUGAAACUGUGUUUGUUAAGGUUUCAGAAAGACAUUAUUUGGCCUGUCUGGCUCCUAUUCCACUGUAAAAUGUUUAGGAACCAUUUUGCAAAACUUAACAUCAUUCCAAACUAGUAAGUUUUAAACAGAUCAUUUGGCAUAUAUGUACCUAAUACUUUGCUUGGGUUUAGUCUUAAGUAUUCUGUUCCUUUUUGCAGCAAAUCUGUAUAAGCUAUCUUCUUGUACUUUUUUGAACAUGUCUGAAAAGUAAUUUCCAAAGGAAGUGGCAUGCUGUUCUAAGAAGUAUUUUGCAUAGUCUGUAUAAUUAAGGGGACCACAUGUGUAUGUGCUAUAAAUGUAUAGUCAGUCAUUAUUUCUGCACUUACUACUAAGCUAUCACUGUAAAAUGUUCCACAAGAAAAAAGAACGUGAUAAAGAGGUUGCAAUAUUUACCUUAAAUAAAAGAUGGAAUGAUGUAGUAUG